AUGCCAAGCCCUUCAGGAGAUAAUACUGGAUCAACAGAGAAUUCUCGUGUUAUACGAGUUCGCGAUUUACCAAUCUAUUACGAUUCAAAAGCUGACGAUGAUUUUCGUUAUGCACCACGCGUAGGUGAUGAUCAAAAAAAGUCAACGAAUAAUAGUUGGCUUUAUUCGUCUAUUAGUCAAACACGACAAUCAUUACAACAAUUAUGGAAUGAUAAUAAGGGUUUACGCUUAAGAAUUACUCGUGGACUAGAAACAGGGGAAGCUCAUAGUAAAGCUACAAUUGAUUAUAUUCGUGAUGAUCAAACAUUUCUUCCCAAAGUUGGUGUUGUUACAAUUGCUGGUCUCGGUGGUCUUCUUCUUGGUCACAAGAGCGGUCCUAUACGAAAAACAUUUUAUUCAUCCGUUGCCGUUGCUGUUGCACUCAGUGCUUGUUAUCCAAAACAAUCAGCAAACUUACUCGAUCAAGUUUGCAUUCGAAUUAAAAAUGAAUCAAAAAAUUUAUUCGAUAGCAAAUCAAAUUCGAGUUUGCCAUCAGUUUUAGCUAAUAAAGAUCGUGUCUUACAUACAGCAAAAACUCAGAAUGAACCUAUCGCGAAUGUUAAAGGUGAUUAUGGACAAGGUACACCAGCUGAUCAGCAUUUAUACACCACACGUGGCAGUGCUAAUCCAACAUUGUUGGAUGCAGAAAAGAAACUUUAA